UCUCAAAUCUCUCUCUCUCUCUCUCUAAAACCUUUUGAAGAGUUGUGAUUGAUUCUGUGGAAACUUGUGUAAAUCUGAAAUUGCUUGUUUUAGUAAUUGUGCUUCAUCUAUGGGGUACUAUUACUACUACUAUUAUGUGGUGUUAAUGAUGAUGGUGGUGUGGGGAUCGCAGAGCUGCGAUGGAUUCGGUACGUUCGGGUUCAAUAUACACCACAGGUACUCCGAUCCAGUCAAGGGAAUUCUCGACCUCCGUGGUUUGCCGGAGAAAGGCAGCCUCGAUUACUACGCCGCCAUGGCCCACCGUGAUCUCCUCUUUCACGGCCGCAAGCUCGCCGCCGCCACUUCUGCUCCUCUUACUUUCCUCGCCGGCAACGAUACUUACCAACUCAAUGCUCUCGGACAUUUGUUUUAUGCGAAUGUUUCUGUGGCAUCACCGAGCUUAUCGUUUCUUGUGGCACUUGACACCGGAAGCGACCUGUUUUGGUUACCAUGUGAUUGCACCCAAUGCGUACGUGGCUUGAAGUCAACAUCUGGACAAGUAAUUGACUUUAAUAUUUACAGCCCUAGUAAUUCAACGACAAGCACAAAAGUUUCCUGCAACAGUACCUUUUGUGGAAAAUGCUCAUCAACAAGCAAUACAUGUGCUUAUCAAGUUGAAUAUCUUUCUAAUAAUACUUCAUCUUCUGGGCUCUUGGUAGAGGAUGUUUUGCACUUAACUACAGAUGACAGUCAAUUAAAAGCUGUUGAUGCACAAAUUACAUUUGGCUGUGGCAUGGUUCAAACUGGUUCAUUUUUGGAUGGUGCAGCUCCUAACGGUCUAUUUGGGCUUGGUAUGAAUAAUAUAUCUGUUCCUAGCAUUUUAGCUAAUCAAGGGCUUGCUGCAAAUUCCUUUUCUAUGUGUUUUGGACCUGAUGGAAUUGGGAGAAUUAGUUUUGGAGAUAAAGGCAGCUCAGAACAAGGAGAAACACCAUUCAAUCUUGGUCAAUCACAUCCAACUUAUAACAUUAGCAUAACACAAAUUACCGUGGACAAGAAUGUCACUGAUCUUAGUUUCACUGCAAUCUUUGACUCUGGUACCUCAUUCACAUACUUAAACGACCCAGCUUAUUCAGUUAUCACCGAGGGUUUCAAUUCCCAGGCCAAAGAGAAACGGCAUCCACCUGAUUCCCAGAUCCCUUUUGAAUAUUGCUAUGAUUUAAGUGCAAAUCAGACAACCUUUGAGACUGCAUCAUUGAAUUUAACCAUGAAAGGUGGAAAACAAUUCCCCGUGAUUAAUCCAAUAGAAAUAAUUGAUAUGCAGGGUCAAGGAUACAUAUAUUGCUUAGCUGUUGUCAAAAGUGGGGAUAUAAAUAUCAUUGGGCAAAACUUCAUGACCGGAUACCGUAUCAUCUUUGAUCGCGAAAGGAUGGUUCUGGGCUGGGAGUCAUCCAAUUGUUAUGAUGCUAACAACUAGGGUUGUGCAAAAUACUCCCAAUCUACUAAAACCGCACCGAUCCGCAUCAAUCCGCACCGCUCUAUCCGCCAACCGCAGAUUGAACUUUAAAAUUUAUAAUUUGCCUUUCAAACCGUUCCAUUCCGCUAUAGUUAAUACAUAUAUCUUUUUAACCUCCAA